AUGGUACGAUCAGUUUUAUUAUUCAUUUUAACCAUGAAUAUUAUUAAUAUGGGUUAUACAGAGCUUGUUGAUUUCAUUUUCAAUGCAGCGUAUGUCUCUACCAAUAGCAGUGUUAUUAUAACAUACAACGAUACAUGCUCGGAAUGUAUCUGUCAAGGUUUACUUUCAAGUGUAUCUCCAUCAUAUGUAGGAUUAAAUUGCUAUAAUAAUAAAACAUGUGUAUUAUUUACUAAUUAUUCAUCAUUAUCAUCGAUGAUACAAGUAAAUCUUGAUUCAACAUUUAUAUUUAUACAACAACAAUCAUCAUUUCAAAAUACGUCAGCAGUAUCCUUUCCAUUGAACGGAGUUACUAUCGGUGGUUAUGGAAAUAGCACAGGUGGAAAUGCUAAUAACACUUUACAAAAUCCGUGGGGUUUAGCAAUAGGGGCAAACAACACUGUUUACGUCGCUGACUAUGGUAACGCUAGAGUGAUGCAAUUUCAAGUAGGAUCCUCAACAGGAUCAAUCGUUGCUGGUUCAACAACAAGCGGUAGUAAUGUCAAUCAAUUGAAAAAUCCAGCAGAAAUUUCUGUCGAUGCAAAUUCAAAUAUUUAUGUUAACGAUGAUUUUAACUAUAGGGUGAUGUUAUGGAGAAAGAAUGCAUCAUUUGGUGUCAUAGCAGCAGGUAACGCUUCAUCUGGGGCUAGUGCAACACAAAUCAGCCAGUCAGUAGGUUUAACUGUCGAUUCGCAGGGAAAUAUUUAUGUAAGUGAUACUGCCAAUCAUCGUGUGAUGAAAUGGACUCCGAAUGCCACGGCUGGCAUUCUUGUUGCUGGCCAGACAGGAGUGGCAGGUAGCGCCAACAAUUUGCUCAAUUGGCCCUAUGGACUUUAUCUUGAUGAAAAUAAUUCUUAUCUUUAUAUUGCUGAUCAACGAAAUUACCGAAUUCAACGAUACAGUCUCAGCAAUUCAACGUAUGGGACUACCGUAGCCGGCGGACAUGGAGCAGGAUACGCUAGUAAUCAAUUGGACACGCCAUAUGGUAUGUGCGUUUCGAAGAAGACGGGCAAUAUUUACAUUGCUGAUGCAAAUAACCAUCGAAUUCAGCUUUGGAGUCCAGGAGCGACAAGCGGCGUGACUGUCGUUGGUGUUACUAAAGUAAGUGGUGCUAAUGCGACGAUGUUAAAUACACCUUCGAAUGUUGCGUUGAACUCGGAUGAGACCUUUCUCAAGGAUGAAAGCAUUGAAGAUAUUAAACCAAUGAUGUUAUCAAAUUUAACAUAUCAUUUAUCGCAAUUAGAAGAAUUCUACUUUAAUUACAGUGCACAUUUCGAAGAAGAUUAUGAAACUGAUAUGUAUCUAGGAAAACGAGAUCAACUUAGUUCAUCAUUUCGGAUUGAACGACAAUGA